AUGCCUUCUGCUUCUGACGCUUCAUCAGGCUCGUCUUUGUCGUCAACCUCUUCUCAGGCCUCGGAAACAACAGCGUUCGAGAGAUGGAGGAAACAGGCAAUGCUGAUCACGGGAUUGGGUGUCACAGAAGAAGAAAGGUUGGACGCGCUUCAGCAGCUGAAUCUACAACGUUGUGAAAAGAUGAAGAAAGAUUUAAUGGACUCUAGUCCAAUUGUCGUGUUCAUGUUGAAGCAUCUCAGAUUGUCCGGCUGCCAGGUUCCAGAAAAUAACAUCUUCUGCGGAGCUUGUGAAGUGAAGCCUGUCGCUGGAGGCGGUGUCGUGGCUCAUGCUGGAAGCUUCAUACCCGAACCUGGUGCUGUAAAACUCUGUGCUGGACAUUUCUUCAACAAAAAACAUAUGGAACACACUAUCGCGCAUGAACUCACGCAUCUUUAUGACCAAUGCAAGUUCAAGGUCGAUUGGAGUAACCUUCGGCACCAUGCUUGCAGUGAGAUCCGGGCAAACAAUUUGAGUGGCGAUUGUCGGUAUACCCGUGAACUGAGGCGUGGUAUCGUCUCAUUUACGAAGCAACAUCAGGCUUGUGUUCGACGUCGGGCGAUUACAUCUGUUUCUGCAAAUCCCGCGUGUCCUAGCGAAGCAAUGGCCGAAAAGGUCGUGAAUGAAGUUUGGGAAAGCUGUUUUAAUGACACGCGACCGUUUGAUGAAAUUUACUAG